UCAAAUUUCUCUCUCUAAAAGCUUCCAAACAGAUUCUCUCUCUCUCUCUCUGUAUGCAGAGAGGUCACUGAUAUACAACACAAACUCCAACUUGUUUCAGAGACCUUACUCUCUCUCACGGACAGACAGACAGACAUACAAGGACGUGUUUGGAGCCGUCAAUUUCUCUUCCCGGCCCCGCCCCCCUCUCUCUCUCUCUCUCUAUCUAUCUAUCGACAUUCUUGUCUCAAACCAAACACUGUAAAAACUCGGACGAAGGGAGGAGUGGAGUAGGGAUACAAAGAGAGAGCAACAAUGGUUGCUGGCAAGGUAAAAGUGGCGAUGGGACUUCAGAAGUCUCCUGCGAAUCCGAAGCCAAACUCGUCUCCGAAGCCUCCCUCGCCGUCGCCGAGCUCCGGCAAGGUUCCACAGAAAGGCGCCGUGUUUUCACGCUCGUUUGGCGUUUACUUCCCUCGCUCCUCCGCGCAGGUCCAGCCUCGGCCGCCGGACGUCGGCGAGCUGCUCCGCCUGGUAGAGGAGCUCCGAGAGAGCGAGUCACGGUUGAAGACGCAACUCCUCGAGCACAAGCUCCUCCGGGAAUCCGUUGCCAUUCUGCCGGUUCUCGAGAAGGAGAUUGCUGGAAAAGACGAGGAGAUUGAGCGCAGUUUGAAGAAGAUCGAGUGCUUGGAAGGAGAGAACGAGAGGUUGAGGCGCGAUUUGGAGGCUGUUCAUAGGACGAUAUUGGAGGAAAAGGAGGAACACGAGAAGAAAGUGAAGGCAAUGGAGGAGGAAAUCGUGGAGUUGAAGAGAGCAAUGAAGGGAGACGAGUUGACGUGUUCGCAAAGGUUUCAGGGGCUGAUCGACGCGUCGGUGAAGUCGAAUUUGAUGAAGAAUUUGAAGAAAGGAGUAAAAGCUUUCGAGAAUGGCGGAAAUCAGGAGAGUAACUGCAAGAACAGCGAGGCUGUGGAGGUUGAACGGCCGAGGCACUCUCGCUCUAAUUCCGAAGAAAUGGCAGAGACUUCGGAGCCUGCAACAUUGAGAUCUCGAGUGCCUAGGGUUCCGAAGCCUCCACCGAGGCCGUCUUCAUCGUCAUUGUCCUGUGCUGCGCCGGACAGUGCCUUGACAGAACAAUCGGCCCAUCCUCCUCCUCCUCCUCCUCUGCCGCCGCCGCCAAUGAAGGCAGUCCCUCCGCCUCCUCCACCGCCAAAAUCUGCGCCGGCCCCUCCGCCUCCGCCUCCACCGCCGCCGGCUAAGGGAUUGAAGGCUGUGCCUGCUAAGGUGAGGAGAGUCCCGGAGGUGGUGGAGUUCUACCACUCGCUUAUGCGGAGAGACUCGCGGCGAGAAUCCGGCUGUGGCGCUACUGACGCUCCGGCGGCCAACGCCCGCGACAUGAUCGGGGAAAUCGAAAACCGGUCCGCUUACUUGCUCGCUAUAAAGACAGAUGUAGAAACACAGGGUGAUUUCAUCAGGUUUUUGAUCAAAGAAGUUGAGAAUGCUGCCUUCGUAAACAUUGAAGAUGUGGUGCCAUUUGUCAAGUGGCUCGACGAAGAACUCUCCUACCUGGUCGAUGAAAGGGCUGUUCUGAAGCACUUCGAUUGGCCGGAGCAGAAGGCUGAUGCCUUACGUGAAGCUGCAUUUGGAUAUUGUGAUCUCAAGAAACUAGAAUCUGAGGCAUCUUUGUUUAGGGAUGAUCCCCGCCAGCCUUGUGCUCCUGCUCUCAAGAAAAUGCAGGGCUUUUUUGAAAAAUUAGAGCAUGGUGUUUACAACCUCUCUCGAAUUAGAGAAUCAGCUACUAAGCGAUACAGUUUGUAUCAUAUUCCAACAGAUUGGAUGCUUGAUACUGGAUAUCUAAGUCAGAUCAAGCUGGCAUCUGUCAAAUUAGCCAUGAAGUACAUGAAGAGAGUAUCUGCAGAGCUUGAACUAGUUGGUGGUGGACCUGAAGAAGAAGAGCUGAUAGUUCAAGGUGUAAGAUUUGCCUUCCGAGUUCAUCAGUUUGCCGGCGGGUUUGAUGUGGAGACGAUGAAAGCAUUCCAAGAGCUGAGAGACAAAGCUCGGUUGUGCCAUAUUCAGUACCAAAACCAGCAACAACAGAAAUUUGUGUGUAGAUCCGCUGCUUGCUGAAUCUGUAGCAAACUCUGCUUCAGAACUGCUUCCACAGCCUGUGUUGUAAAGAGAGAGUGAACCCUCAUCAAGUAAUGGCUGCAGCCAUUUUUUCGCAUUGAAAUUUAUUCAUGAGUCCAUAAUUAUUUUGACACAAGAAUGCCUCUCAUUUUUGCCCUAUUUAUAAAUUUCCUGAUUGAAUUAAAAAAUAAAAAAGAAGAUACCAGUG